ACAUGUGUCAACUGCCGAGUUCUCCCUCGGCCUGGACUUUCAAGUGCCACACUCUCAUUUGUUUUGCAGAAUAUCAAACAGAAAACAUUGGUAUCUCAAAGGCGGACAAACGCUAACACUCCAAAGUUUGGACGGAAAAUGAAUGUUAACAAACCCAAUUCAGAGCAGCACUAGAAUUCAAAUCUGAGGUUUGGGGAUAUCGAAGCGCAUUGCAGAGGCAAACCCAUCUCUGGAAUUUUGGGGGUGUAUCAUUUGAUUGAUAGAUUUUUUUUUGUUUUCUUUCUUUCGUUCUUUCUAUUUUGUGUCGUUUUUUUAUUCGUUGGGUGUUUGAUGUGAAUGUACUUGGGUUCUUGUGGAUUUGAAGUGCUGCGUUUAUAGUUCGAGAUUAUGAUUCAACUGGGGAAUCAGUUUUGUUUGGAAUUUGUUUGAUUGGAGUUUUAGUGAGAGACUGGAUUUGCAUAGAAAUAGAAUGCGGUUUCGAGGUGGGUUUUUUGGUUAAUGUUUUUGCUAGGAGUUUGGAAUGAAUUUCUGUUGGUAUUUGUUUGAUUGGAUUUGUAGAUGGAGACCGGAUUUUGGUGGAAAUGAAAUGUGGUUUGCAGGUGGAGUGUUGUCGCUAAUGUGAAUUAAAAUUGAGUUUGCUUGCUUAUUUUUGUGAAGAGAUUAGCUUGCAUUGUGGGGUUUUGGAUAAUCAGGAGCAACAUUGGGAUUUGAGACUAUAUAUGCGUCAGUUGAGUGAAAUUUGAGAACCGGCUUCGGUCUUGGAAUUAAUUUGCUCGCUAGUUUUCUUUUUAGGCCCUAAUUUUUGGAUAACACAGGUUUUUUAUUUUUCUUUCCUGUUUGGGUAUUCAUUUUGAUAUCACAGCUUUUAGAUUUCAGUGAAGAAGGUUUUGCCUGGUGAGAUUGAUUUGCAUUGCAUUGAUAUACAAUUGUGGUUUCUUUUAUGUGCAUGACAAGGAGCUUGUAGACACAAACAGAAAAGGGGGAACCAAAGUGAAAUUGUUGGUAUUCAAAUCAUUAAAGUAUGAAAGAAGCAGUUUAUGAUUUUUAAGACUGAUGUGGACUUGGUUUUCACAUUAUAGUUUUUGAAACUGGUUUUGUAAGAAAAAGAGAUGAAAAGUAUAGUCGUGGGUUUGGAAGUACAAUGACUGGAGGGUCAUUGGGUCUACGAGGAAGCUAUGGUUCGUCACAGUCUUCAGCAAAAUUUCCAUCCAUUGCGCGGAAAUCUUCUUCAAAAAUGCUGGUACCGAGUCUGAGGGAGAAAGAGCGGGUUCUCCCUGUUAUUUGCCGGUACUUGGGUCGAAGAAGGGUUGCAAUGAUUCUCUUGGUUGCACUUGCUCUCCUAGUUUUCAUUUGGGGUUCCCUUACCGUUAGCAAAGAUGCAACAGAAACCACAGGUUCAAAUGUUAAAGGAUCAAGUGACCAUUUACCUGAUGUUCACACUGUGCGAAAAUUUAAAACAAGGAGUGCUUCUCCUCUACAUCGACCUAGUGCUGCAGGUAGUAGGUCAAGUGAUCUGCCAGUUGAUAUUGACACUAAGAAAAGAAAUGGUAGAAGUAAAGCUCCUCUCCAUCAACAUAGUGAGGCAGCUAGUGGUUCAUCACAACAUCCAUGCCACAAAUUUGCACUCCCUCCGCCCCCUCCACCUGGUGGAAGACAGCGUGGGCCACGUCCCUGUUCAGUUUGUUACCUUCCCGUGGAGCAAGCCAGAGCUAGAAUGCCAAUUUCUCCAUCAGUAUCGCCAGUGCUUCGCAAUCUGACAUAUGUUGUUGAUGAAAACCCACUCAAAACUGAACCUCAUGGAGGUUCUGAUUUUGGUGGAUAUCCUUCUUUAAAGCAGAGGAAUGAUUCUUUUGAUAUACGAGAGUCGAUGACAGUGCAUUGUGGAUUUGUCAAAGGAAGUAAACCGGGUCACCAGACUGGAUUUGAUAUUGAUGAAGCUGACCUUAUGGAGUUGGAGCAGUUUCAUGAUGUCAUUGUCGCAUCAGCUAUAUUUGGGAAAUAUGACAUAAUCCAACAGCCCAAGAACAUUAGUGAAGCAUCAAGGAAAAAUGUUCCUUUCUACAUGUUUGUUGAUGAAGAGACAGAAGCAUAUAUGAAGAACUCUAGUGUCAUGGAUAGCAAUAUGAAGGUCGGAUUAUGGAGGAUUAUUGUUGUCCAUAACAUUCCUUAUAGUGAUUCAAGACGUAAUGGAAAGGUUCCAAAGCUUCUGUUGCAUAGGAUCUUGCCCAAUGUUCGAUAUUCAAUAUGGAUUGAUGGAAAACUCCAACUUGUUGUGGAUCCCUAUCAAGUUCUUGAGAGGUUCUUGUGGAGCCAAAAUGCUAAUUUUGCAAUCUCAAGACAUUACAGGCGCUUUGAUGUGUUUGAAGAGGCUGAAGCUAACAAAGCUGCUGGAAAGUAUGACAAUACCUCCAUUGAUUACCAGAUUGAAUUUUAUAUAAGGGAGGGCUUAACACCAUAUACUAAUGCUAAGUUUCCAAUAACUAGUGAUGUUCCAGAAGGUUGUGUCAUUAUAAGAGAACAUGUUCCCAUUACAAAUCUGUUUACCUGCCUAUGGUUCAAUGAAGUUGAUCGGUUUACUUCCAGGGAUCAGUUAAGCUUUUCCACAGUAAGGGACAAAAUUAUGGAAAAAGUUAAAUGGAGCAGCAAUAUGUUUUUGGACUGUGAAAGGCGUAAUUUUGUGAUUCAGGCUUAUCACAGAGACUUAUUAGAGCACAAGCCCCCCCCUGUUGCCUCUGUUAUUAGACGUCCGCCUCCCCUGAAUCGUGAUGGUGCAACUGGAAGGACUCCGGUGAAGAAUUCUUCUAGGCAUGGGAAGGAUAAGAGAUCAAAUCCACGGCAUCACCGCAAGUCUGUUGCUGGUAAUAGGGACAAGCAUGUCAUUUCACAGGCAAGAAAAAUUAAACCUUUUCUCCUUGUUUCUGAAUUUGCAAGUUGAGGAAGUAGGAUUUGGUUGCAAGUGUUAAGAAUGAUCAAAGGGUCAAGAGUGGCGCAAAAUUUUGUUUCCAAAUUGUUGAUAUCUGUUGAUUCUUUUAUUAUUGUAAAUACAUUCAACCAAAUAAUUCUCAUACAAGCUGCAAUGAUUCCAUGCCA